UCUUCGCUCACUGCUGCUGUAUUUAACCGUUUAUUUGUACCCCCAAAUUCAUCUUCUGAGUAUCGGUUGCCUCGCUAGUUCUUUGUAGUUGAUGAUCAUCGACAUCUACUUGUUUUUCUCCCGAACCUUAAGUAUGUCGCAGAAGCGGCAGCCAGAAGACGGAAAAGUUGGGUCGGGAGGCAACAAACCCGAUGAGAAGCGCCGAAAGGUUCCUGCCCUGAGAAGUGUGGUAUUGGAAGUGGUGAAGAUGCAAGCCAUUCAGACAAUCCUUUCUACUUUGGAGCCCUUGAUCCGUAAAGUUGUAAAAGAAGAAGUUGAGGUGGCAUUAAGAAAACAUCUGGCCAGCAUUAAGCAAAAUUGCAGCAAACAGGUAUAUCCAUCUACAACAAGAAGCCUACAACUACAAUUUACAACUAAGCUUUCCCUUCCAGUUUUCACUGGAACAAGAAUUGAAGGAGAUGAAUGUUCUGCCAUAAAGGUAGCUUUAGUUGAUGGCCUGACAGGGCAAGUUGUUGAUUCAGGUCUUGAAUCUUUGGCAAAGGUGGAAAUAGUGGUUCUUGAGGGAGAUUUUGAAGGCGAUGAAGAAGACAAUUGGACAGUUGAAGAUUUUAACAAUAACAUUGUUAGGGAAAGGGAAGGCAAGAGACCACUUCUUACAGGAGAUGCCUUUCUAAAUCUUAAUGAAGGCAUUGGCAUUGUAAGCGAUCUGGUUUUUACAGAUAAUUCAAGCUGGACAAGGAGUCGUAAGUUCAGGUUAGGGGCAAGAGUUGUGGAUGGCAAUGAUGGAAUUAGAAUAAGAGAAGCUAAGACAGAAGCAUUUAUGGUCAAGGAUCAUCGUGGGGAAUUGUACAAGAAGCACUACCCUCCCUCUCUUCUUGAUGAAGUAUGGCGUCUGGAAAAGAUUGGUAAAGACGGUGCUUUCCAUAAGCGAUUACGGAGGGAAAAUAUCAAUACUGUGAAGGACUUCCUUACCUUGCUCUGUAUAGAUGCUUCAAGGCUCCGAAAUAUUUUAGGCAGCGGUAUGUCUGCUAAAAUGUGGGAAGUCACUGUGGAACAUGCUCGGACAUGCACACUCGAUAAUCAAAUGUAUGUAUAUUACCCUCUAGAUGCUCAGCGGAGAGUGGGUGUGGUCUUCAACACUGUAGGACAAGUUAUGGGGCUCCUUUCUGAACAGCAAUAUAUUCCUAAUGACGAUCUAUCAGAAACUGAAAAGGUUGAUGCACAAAAACUUGUAAAAGUUGCAUUUGAACACUGGGAGGAAGUAGCUCCUCUGGAAGCUGGGUCUAUUAAUGGUGACUCUUCACACUUAUCCAACACUGUUUGUUUUCCCUCAAGCUCACCUGGUUUGGAGAAUUCGUUUGGUAGCAAGUUCCUAGGUUCUCAUCAGUCAGGUGGAUUUGGUUUUGACCAAGCAAAUGCUACAUCUCCAGAUCUUGUUUCAUCCAUUUUAUCCAUUGGGGGUAUGAGGAGCUUGGACAGUUACAGCUUGCAAGGUGAAGACAGCAUGGAUUUUAGAUAUGACCAUCCUACCACUUUUGCAAGCCAAGUUACAACCCCCCUUAUCAGUGACACAGAGUCCAUGGCAGCCUUCUAUGGUGAAGACCAUCUGCAAUAUUUUGAUCAAGAUCAUGUUCUUCAAUCUCAGAGCCUCAUUUUGGACCCACAGGCCGACUUACAGAGUGCUGUCAGUGGCUUCCUCACCAAGGCUGGCCCACCAGUUAAAGCUAACACACGAUGGACAAUGUUGUACAGCCUUCUGAGAUGGAGAUUCUCGAUACGUAGGAUUAUGGCUUCAAGGAAGAGUCGGCGGGUUAGAGAUGGAGAGAUAUGCUUAAUAAAGGAUUUGGAGAAAAUACACAUGCAAAGUAAUGGAUGCUCUCCGACCGAGUUCUGUGUGCAGCUGUAAAGUUACAAAGCUUUUUAAGUUGUAUAGAACGUAGAUUGGUGGGUAAAGGAUUUCGUUGUCUUGUUCGUUAGACUUAUUAGAGAAGACAACACAGUUUCUUUUUGUCAUAUCAAAACACACAUACAGUUGCUCUGUACAGAAUAAUGCAAGCUGCCGAAGCAUAUAGGAUGCUUCAUUUCUUAUAACUGUUUGUAGAUCGAUAUCAAAGGGAGAUCCGUGCAUUUGGUUUACCAAGGAAUGGAAUCCCUGCACUCAUAAUCAAGGGUUGAUUUCCUUGUUCUUUGUUUUC